CAGCCUCCACGCGAUCUUGGCGAUGCAGGGACCCCCCGCGCCCGCCCCGGCCCCCGGGUCCAGCUCCCCUCGGGGCUCCCCGCGCGGCUCCCCCGGGCUCUUCAGGAAACUCCUGGUGAACCAGAGCAUCCGCCUGCAGCGGCGCUUCACUGUGGCCCAUCCGCUGUGCUUUGACCUGGAAAAUGGAUUCUCAUGUGGGAGAAGCACCCUGGACCCUCAGGCUGGGCCUGGCCUUGGUCAGGUCAGCCAGGCCCCUGCUCAGCACAGCCAGAGGCGAGAGUCCUUCCUGUACCGCUCCGACAGUGACUACGAACUCUCCCCCAAGGCCAUGUCCCGGAACUCCUCUGUGGCUAGCGAUCUACACGGAGAAGACAUGAUUGUGACGCCCUUUGCCCAGGUCCUAGCCAGUCUGAGGACAGUUCGGAGCAACGUCGCAGCCCUUGCCCACCUGCAACGACGCGGGGCAGCCAAGCAGGCAUCAGUCGAGAACCCCCUAAUUGGCAGUCAGCCCCCUCCACCUACAGAGGACACUGGGCAGAAGCUGGCUUUGGAGACACUGGACGAGCUGGACUGGUGUCUGGAUCAGCUGGAGACACUGCAGACACGGCACUCAGUGGGGGAAAUGGCCUCCAACAAGUUCAAGCGGAUGCUGAACCGGGAGUUAACUCACCUGUCCGAAACCAGCCGCUCUGGGAACCAGGUGUCCGAGUACAUCUCGCAAACAUUCCUGGACCAGCAGACUGAGAUGGAGUUGCCCAGGGUGACCCCCAUGGAGACCCCAAGGCCCAUGUCCCAGAUCAGCAGCCUGCGUGGGGUCCCCCACAGUGCCAGCCUCUCUGCAGCCACCGUCCCACGCUUUGGGGUCCAGACUGACCAGGAGGGGCAGCUGGCCAAGGAACUGGAAGACACCAACAAGUGGGGGCUUGAUGUGUUCAAGGUGGCAGAACUAAGUGGGAACCGGCCCCUCACAACCAUCAUAUUCAGCAUCUUUCAGGAACGGGACCUGCUCAAGACAUUUCAGAUCCCAGCGGACACACUUGUCACCUACCUUCUGACGCUGGAGAGUCACUAUCAUGCCGAUGUGGCCUACCACAACAGCCUACACGCCGCUGAUGUGGCUCAGUCCACGCAUGUGCUGCUGGCCACACCUGCCCUCGAGGCCGUUUUCACAGACCUGGAAAUCCUGGCUGCCAUCUUUGCAAGCGCCAUCCAUGAUGUGGACCAUCCUGGGGUCUCCAACCAGUUUCUCAUUAACACCAACUCAGAGCUUGCACUUAUGUACAAUGAUGCCUCUGUGCUGGAGAACCACCACCUGGCCGUGGGCUUCAAGUUGCUGCAGGCAGAGAACUGCGACAUCUUCCAGAACCUCAGCGCCAAGCAGAGGCUGAGUCUGCGCAGGAUGGUCAUCGACAUGGUCCUGGCCACAGACAUGUCCAAACACAUGAACCUUCUGGCUGACCUCAAGACGAUGGUGGAGACCAAGAAGGUGACAAGCCUUGGAGUCCUGCUGUUGGACAACUACUCCGACCGCAUCCAGGUCUUGCAGAACCUGGUGCACUGUGCGGACCUCAGCAACCCUACUAAGCCACUGGAGCUGUACCGUCGGUGGACGGACCGCAUCAUGGCCGAGUUCUUCCAGCAGGGCGACCAGGAGCGGGAAUCAGGCCUGGAUAUCAGCCCCAUGUGCGAUAAGCACACCGCCUCAGUGGAGAAGUCCCAGGUGGGUUUCAUUGACUACAUUGUGCACCCGCUGUGGGAGACGUGGGCUGAUCUGGUGCACCCAGACGCACAGGACCUGCUGGACACGCUGGAGGACAACCGUGAGUGGUACCAGAGCAAGAUCCCCCGCAGUCCUGUGGAUCUCACCAGCCCCGAGCAGGGGGGCCCUGACCGAUUCCACUUUGAGCUGACUCUGGAGGAGGCGGAAGAAGAGGAGGAGGAGGAGGAAGGAGCUUUGGACACGGAGGUCUCGGAGUCACCUGACACUGAGCUUCUGGCCCCUGAAGCCAGCCCUGACCCUGGGGCCCUACUCCUGGACAACCAGAGGACUGGGGGCAAGCCCUGUGUGGACCACGAGGCCAAUGUGGUGGCUGAGCCCUUUGGUACCUAAUGGCUCCUGGCAGAUGGAUGGACCUUCCAGAAAGAGGUCCCAGGUGGCCCUUGCCUUGCCUCCCCCCCCCCUCCCCAUUGAGGGAGACAACCAAGCUUCUAGUUAUAGGCAGACCUUGGGGCCAAAUUGGAGGCACUUGGCUGGGGUCCAGUCUGACCGCGGGCUUUGCCGAGAGAGCUCUCUGAGGGGCUGGGCUGGGAGCAACCUCUUCCAGCGCCCUUGGGAUCUCCCUCCUGGGCUUCCACCCCCGGUGUGGAAAGAGGGUGUCUGCCAGGCUCCUUGUCCACCUUCUGCAGUGGUCAUUCUGGAGGCACAUCCAUCAUUUUAUCUUUCCACUCUUGAUCACGUAUUUAUUGGGCACCUACUGUAUGCCAGGCUUACACCUGCUGUGUGCUUCUAGGGUAGCCCCGCACAAGGGGGUGGCAAAUCAGUCCCAGGAGACCUACCCCCCUCAGGUGCCUCCCCUUCAUCUGCCACGCAGCUCCAUGCAAGAGAAUGGAAACUUGAAUGGGAGAAUUUUUAGCACCAAAGCUUUGUCCAGACCCGAGUCUGGCUCAGGAGCUCCGGUGGGGAGCAGUAAGGGGCAGGAAAGACAGGGUUCUGUGUCGGGAACUGUCUCUGAAGACUGACUGAGCUUGUGGCUGCCUGUGCACCAGUUCCGGCUUUAAGUCACUGUAGUUUCUGUCUUGGGGUCUCUGGGUUCUGUUCUCCCUAGCCCCAGGGCUCCCUGCUGGGUCCUCCCCCCACUUUCUCCCUCUUAUAGAACAGCAACAAAGCACAGCGUUCUUCCCCCUCCCCCGACGGCAGGUGUCUGUUUCUGAGGCUGCCUCCAGACUCCCGAUAGGGGGAAGGAUGCCUCUGAGGCUUUCUUCCAAGUCAUAGCUCCUUCUGGGCCUCAGUUUCUCCUCUAUGGCCUGAUCUUAGUACUUGGGUAAAUUGUGGUUGGAGGGUGGUGUCUGUGACCUUUCCAAAAAAUCUUAGAAAUGUGGGGGCAUUGAACGUGUCUCUGGGGUUAAAUAAACCCUAUUACCCCAAAUUAAUGCCAUGCCCACCUCAGGGAUGGGGAAACGGAGUUGCAAAUGGGUCGUGGUGCCUGCUCGAGGCUCUGCAGCUGGGAGCAGGACGUUAGGCAGCGGCGCCCCCUGGCGGACGGAGGCACGGAGGGGAGGCGGGGUGAACCCCGGGAUUCUCCUUGCCUUUCCCGCUGUUUCUCAGGCUCCUGGCCUGGUCGGGCUGGCGCUGAAGGGGCCUGCCUUGCCCGAAGCAAAAGAGGCGUCUCUGCUUACGUAUCACGUUCUGUUCCCGCCUCCAGAAGCCUCAGUAUCUCCCCCACCCGCCCGUCCUUCUGUGCCUGGAGAAUUAUAACAAGACCCAAGUCAUCGAGCAGCACCCCCCACCCCCCACCCCGCUUCAAGAACAGCUGGCUUCAUUCCUGAAUAAUUCCAUUGAUAAUUCCAUUCCACUGAUAAUUCAUUAUCAUCACAAGUAAUGAUCAAAUUCCACAAAAGGACAAUUAAAAUUCAUCUGGGUCAUGAACUUAGUGCAUUUCCUUCCGGACUUUUAAAAAGCAAAGAUUUAGGGGCGCCUGGGUGGCUCAGUCGGUUAAG